AUGCCUCCUACAACACUGGGACGUAUGCCUCCUACAACACUGGGACGUAUGCCUCCUACAACACUGGGACGUAUGCCUCCUACAACACUGGGACGUAUGCCUCCUACAACACUGGGACGUAUGCCUCCUACAACACUGGGCCGUAUGUCUCCUGCAACACUGGGACGUAUGCCUCCUACAACACUGGGACGUAUGCCUCCUACAACACUGGGACGUAUGCCUCCUACAACACUGGGACGUAUGCCUCCUACAACACUGGGACGUAUGCCUCCUACAACACUGGGACGUAUGCCUCCUACAACACUGGGACGUAUGCCUCCUACAACACUGGGACGUAUGCCUCCUACAACACUGGGACGUAUGCCUCCUACAACACUGGGACGUAUGCCUCCUACAACACUGGGACGUAUGCCUCCUACAACACUGGGACGUAUGCCUCCUACAACACUGGGCCGUAUGCCCCCUACAACACUGGACCGUAUGCCUCCUACAACGCUACGAAGCCUCCUACAACACUGGGACGUAUGCCUCCUACAACGCUACGAAGCCUCCUACAACACUGGGACGUAUGCCUCCUACAACGCUACGAAGCCUCCUACAACACUGGGACGUAUGCCUCCUACAACACUGGGACGUAUGCCUCCUACAACACUGGGACGUAUGCCUCCUACACCACUGGGCAGGCGCCCCUCCCCAGUGGUAGCAUUACUUUCCAGACUACCGCUGCUCUGUGGGGAAGCGGGUGCUGUGAGAGGCAGCCCGGCUCUCCCCUUUCUCUCCCGGGUCGAAUCCCCGUCCAAAAAUAAUUGCCCAUGUGCCUUCCUGGUGUCCCAUCUUCUCGACCCGUCUCAGAGCCAGAGUUAA